AUGCCAGGUGAGCUGGCCGUCGCAUCCGCGAUUGAGGAGACUCAGUGGACGAAAGAGGUACCAGUCUACCGGUACAAUGUGGCUGACUUCAUUAUGAGUGAAGGUCACCUCAUGCUGGUGGACAAGGAUCGCCUGCGAAAGGUGGUGCCACCGGGUCAAAGAAAGAAGCUCCUUGAAGAUGCGCAUUACGGACGCUGGGCUGAGGAGUGCCGCGAAUGCUUGCGUCACAACCCUCAGCGAGCCAUGGUGCCUCCUUUGAAACCAAUUGUCACCAUUAAGCCCUUUGAGGUAGUUGGUAUGGAUAUAUUGGAAAUGGGUCCUAAGGGAAUCGUCCCAUCAAAGGCUGCGUCCGUAGUAGCUCACGUGUUUUUCGAACGAUGGGUGGCGGAUGGCCGCCAGCCCAAACGCGUCCUCUCGGAUCAAGGUGGAGAAUUCGAGAACAAGCUGAUGGAUGAGUUGAGCAAACUUCUGGGGAUACAACCGAGAGAAAAUGGCAUCACUGAAAGGUUUAAUCAGACUAUCAUAGCGAUGCUGAAGAAGAAGGUUCGAGUGGCGGUGGAAUGGGAUAAGAUUCUGCCCGCAUGCCACCACCGUGCACGAGUCAACCGGGGAGUCUCCCUUCUUUUUGCUACACGGGUUCGAUGCACACGUCCCCUGAGACCUGGAGGUGGAGGCCCACACGCUGAUAGCACGGGAAUAUGCCCGCGGGGUAAAAAUGAUAGGAUGCGAGACCGCAUGAAGGCAGUGUAUUAUCGUGAAAAGGGGGUGAAUGACUGUCCCAGUCCUCCAAAAGUAGGCAAUCGUGUCUAUAUGAAGAUUCCGGGCGAAAAGCGGUCUUCACGUAACUCAAAGCUAGUAAAUCCCUGGAAGGGUCCUUAUAGAGUUCUAAAAACC